AUCGCUGUCUAACUUAAUGGAAAGCUUGCAACACAACAUGACCCGCCUCCACCUCGCCCGGAUGUUCACAGUUACCGACAUGUCUGACAGCCAGCUGAGCACGUGGUUGCACAAACAACUUCCGGGUCACAACCUGUGGACUAUCUCCCCUGAUGAACACUCGCCCCGUCAGGACGAGCACCUGUAUGCCCGGGGGGACGAGCAGUACCUGGGGUACAGCGGCGAGGGGAGCGGGGAUCACGAGACUGUCCGGGCAGUUGAUCACACUUUUGACAUGGAUUACCCGCAGGACAGUCCUUACAUGGACAGCCCUGACAGUCCGCAGGUGGACAGUCAUGAGACCAGCCACAAGGAGGAGGAGAUGCCCUCAGGGAAUGAGCUGUUAGAGGCUGCCAAACACCACUUCUUCACGUCCUCGACCAACGAACAGCUCAUCUGCAAAGUUCCCCGCCCCGUGGUGCACAGGGUCGUAGACUACGAGCACCCGCUUCAGUUUUUACCCUCGUGUAUUGUCCUGCAUCGAUGUACGAACUUCACUGGCUGUUGUGCUGGUGCUCCACUAUAUGAAUGUGGACCUAUCCAUACAGAAGUUGUAAAACUACCAUUUCUGGUGUUUGACAGCAGGAAACAUUUAGGAAAAAUCGCCAUUGACCUCAAAGACUUGGACGUCCAGUGGAGGACAUUUGUCAACCACACACAGUGUGGGUGUACUGAGAAAAAGAAAAUAUGUACAAAACCGUGUCCUUCACCUUUCUACCAGACCAAGGUCGGCGACACCUGCUUGUGUGACUGUGUCAGGUCCAACGACAGGAUCUUUAGGCAGUGUCUCAAGAUCAAGAUCGGGGACAACCAACUGGACCAGAAGGGGGUCGAGUGUGUAAAGGCCGGUCACUGUUACUCACCUGAAUGCUUUGGCGGGGCAUUCAGUGUCGAGAACGAGAGAUGUCCAAUGCUGGAGAUUGACGCGGUCCACUUCAGGUCGAACUCAAGCUCUGGAACAAUUUACAUGCCUGACCGUCCAAAGAUAGCCGUCAAUAAACAACCCAAGACAAAGGUAAUUCCCGACCGUCCAAAGAUAGCCGUCGAUAAACCCAAGACAUCGGUCAAGCCACCCCCACCAAAGCCUAGUAGAACAACCCCGGCUGUCAUCAAUGAGCCGGUGACCCUGGACGUUGAAGAACAGACCCAAGAUUUAGGAACAAUCCCCUCAACCACGCCGGUGGUUAAGCCCGAGGUAGACAAGCCAAAGAAAAAGUAUGACCACUUAUCCAGCAGUCGGCACCACGAGAACCCGAUGUUUCGUCCGCUUCGCAAAACUGAAGUUAAAAAACAACCUUACAAGCCCCUCCCCUCUCCCACUACAGACGGGACCCCUCCUACCACAGAGACAACAACAUCUUUCUAUGAAAAUACCGCACCUAUCGUUAAUGAAGACGGUACCGAGUCUAGCACAAUACCUUUAACUGACGACACCACGGUUGUUGUUGAGAGUACAGGUCACCCAACAACCACCAAAAAGGCCGGGAUGAGGCGGUGGUUUAGCCCACGCUCCAGUUCACAACACCACGAAAAUUACCGGAGACGAACUCAGCCCGUGGUCACCACCCCAGCCAUGGAGGUCCAGUUCUCCGACCCCUCAGCGUCCGUCCAGGAGACAACUACAUUUUCUCCAGUUUUCUCCGCCCUGCUAGAAGUUAUAAAUGACAAACGCGACUCCCAGGCGGGGGAGUCAAGCCCUCACAUGGAUUCGAACUCUGUACCAUCAGAGGAUGAGCCAUGUUUUGGGAAUUCUUGCAAUGUCCAGGAACAAACUACCCUUGCAAUGAAAGCCAACAAAGAAAGUGGACUAGUUGACCAAUCAAACGAUGAUGAGGAUUGGGGGGAUGAAAACUCGGGCGAUGACUCGUAUUGA